CCAUAACCUACAAAAGUUGAAAAUGUCUGAUGAAACAAAUUCAAACACAACAAUUAAAGUUGAACCGAACGAAUAUCCUCAGUUUAAACAAGAACUUGAAGAUCAUGAAAAUACCACAGGCAUUUGUAGCAAGAGGGAUGAAAUUUGUCUACAGCAAUUUUUAAAAUCUGAGGUUACGGUUGAGGAGGAUAUAAAGCAAGAAACUAUUGAUGAGCAAGAUGCUGAUACAAGUUCCAAUGAAAAACCUUACAUAUUUAAUGAAGACAUCAGUAAUUCAAGUUAUUCAAGCACAUCAUUCGAAAGCGUUUCUGAAAAAUGUACAACAAGCGAUAAUCUAAAGCUCCAUGAAUGUGAAAUAUGUAAUAAAACAUUCACACGUAAGACAAAUUUAAAGCAACAUAAAAUGAUUCAUACAGGUGAACGUCCUUUUAGUUGUGAAAUAUGCAAUAAAACAUUCACAACGAAGCGACCAUUAAAGGAACAUAGAAUGCUUCACACUGGAGACAGGCCUUAUGAAUGUAAAAUAUGCCAUAAAACAUUCGUAGCAAAGAAAAUAUUAAAACAACAUGAAAGGCUUCACACUGAAGAAAGACAUUAUGAAUGCGGAAUAUGCAAUAGAACAUUUGCAACAAAACAAUACCUUAAAGUACAUAAUGUAACUCACACUGGGGAACGCCCUCAUCAGUGCAAAAUAUGCAGAAAAGGAUUCACAACAAAAGAUUACUUAAUACGACAUGAAUUUAUUCACACUGGAGAACUGCCUUAUGAGUGCGAAAUAUGCAAAAAAAGAUUUCCACACCAAAAUUACUUAAAAAGGCAUUCAAUAGUGCAUACUGAAGAACGUCCUUAUGAUUGUGAAAUGUGCAAUAAAAAAUUUAAAUCAAAGGAAGAUUUAAAACGUCAUGAAAUUACUCAUACUGGAGAACGUCCACAUGAGUGUGAAAUAUGCAAUAAAUCAUUCGCACAGAAGACACAUUUAACAAGACAUAAACAGACUCACACUAAAGAACAGCUUUAUGAAUGCGAAAUAUGCAACAAAACAUUCUCAUCGAUCCAAUACCUUAAAUCACAUGAAUUUAGUCCACACUGGGGAGAGUCCUUACAGUUGUGGAUUAUGCCAUAA